GAGGGGGGAGGGAGGUCUGCCUGGGGCAGGGCUUCCAAGAGGGGCGAGUAAGCCCUUGCUUGGACAGCUUCCUCCCUGGGUUCGCACAUCCUUAGAUUCCCGAUAGCGUCGUCCUCCGGCAAGUGGGACAUCGAGCAGUCAGAUAAUAGUUAACUUGGCCGAGACCGCUGGAGGCAAUUUGCGGGGGCUUGCCGAAGACACCCUUCUGGACUCAACGAGACGGGGCGAAGAACUGGCCUUUUCUUUCCACUGAGGGAGCCCAUCCCGAGCCUGACCCAUUUGAAUGUUAAGUCGAUCUAAGUGGACUAAUCAUGCCUUCCAGAGUCAAUCUAGCCGAGCUGCUGGACCUUUCAAUUGGCACGCCGGAGAUUGGGGCCGUCAACUUCAAUGCCCUCCACACCUUGCUCACGGUUGUGCUCAAGCAACUGAAUCUGCAGGAUUUCAAAACUGAGCUGCCACCCCAGAUCACCGAGCAGACCCGGAGCAUAGAGUCUUUACGGCUCCCCUCCAAGGAAAAGAGAAGACCCAGCCUCACCAAGCAGGCUUCUUUAGGGAGACUCGCACCUCAGGAAAUAGAGGCUCAGGUGAAGGACCUGGGGGGACUGGUACAGGAUUUAGGCAAACAAGUCCAAGCCAUCGAGAACCAAAUGCAGGACAUCGGCUCCCACGUCAGUGUGUUUGGGGAGCAAAUGGCUGCUUUGGACAAGCUGCCAUCCGGUACCGAUCUGCUAGAGAAGACUCCGAGUGGCUCCCGUGUGUCAGACAUAUGGCAAAUGUUGCAGCUGAAAAAGAAAGUGGAAGCCAACGAGGAUGGGGUUUCUAAGGCCAUAGGACUGAUCGAGGAUGUCAUGAAUGAAGUCAAAGACUUGAAAGGGGACCCAGAGAAGGGGUAUCUUCAGAAGGAUAUUCCCCAGGUAUUGAAAGACACCAGAGAUAUGGUUUCAGAACUGGAAAAUCAACUUCAAGAUUUACAGAAACUAGUCAACGAUCAAGAAAAUAAUCUGGAAAUUGUAAAUCGGAAGAUAAGUAUGUAUCCAGAAGACAAUUCGAUAGUUACCUGGGAGGACCUGGAGGAAGCAUUAAGUUCUGGUCGAAGAACCUUUUUGCCAGAUGAAGAGAGGCCUUUAACUUCAGAGACUGCUCUAACUACCACAGAUAUGACCCCAGACAAGGCUUCUCAAGUCUCCAGAAAAUUAAGUCCAGUGAAGAUAACAUCUGGUGCAGAGAUUCUACCCACAGCUCAGGAAGCUGCUAGAGCAAGGCAGAUUGGCCCAGCUCAAGAAGCUGCUAGAGCAAGGCAGAUUGGUCCAGCUCAACAAGCUGCUAGAGCAAGGCAGACUGUCAUAGAACAAUAUGGCCCACAGCCCGCCGGCGCUCCACAGCAAUUUCCUGUAACCCCAGUUAGCGGCAUACCCCCUUCUGCUCCCCCAGGCAUUUCCCAGUUUCCUCCAGUAGCUCCAGGCAUAGGUCAACUAGUUCCUCCAGGAGCCCUAGACAUAUAUGGUCAGCCAAUCCCCCCAGCAGCCCUAGACAUAUAUGGUCAGCCAAUCCCUCAAGUCAACCAGUACCUGGAGCUCCAACCACCUAUCCGCUACCACCUGGAACCCCACGCACACCUCAGCCUGUUCCUGGAGCCCUACCCACCUAUCAACAGGGACCUCGUGUCCCUAGUGCCUACCCUGGUGCCCCCGGGCCCUAUCCUGGUGCCCCCGGUGCUGUCCCUGGCGCUGUCCCUGGCGCCUACCCUGGUGCCCCUGGUGUUGUUCCUGGUGCCGCCCCCGGUGCCGCCCCCGGUGCUGUCCCCGGUGCUGUCCCUGGUGCAGUCCCUGGCGCCUACCCUGGCGCCCCUGGUGCUGUCCCUGCUGCUGUCCCUGGUGCUGUCCCUGGCGCCGUCCCUGGCGCCUACCCUGGCGCCCCUGGUGCCGCCCCUGUUGCUGUUCCUGGAGCCUAUCCUGGCGCCCCUAGUGCUGUUCCUGGUGCCGCCCCUGGUGCUGCUCCUGGUGCUGCCCCUGGCGCAGCUCCUGGUGCUGUUCCUGGUGCUCUCCCUGGCGCAGCUCCUGGUGCUGUUCCUGGCGCCCCCCCUGGUGCUGUUUCUGGUGCUGUCCCUGGUGCUGUCCCUGGGGCCUAUCCUGGCGCCCCUGGUGCUGUUCCCGGCGCCGCCCCUGGUGCUGUUCCUGGCGCCGCCCCUGGCGCCUAUCCUGGCGCCCCUAGUGCUGUUCCUGGUGCUGUCCCUGGUGCUGUCCCUAGGGCCUAUCCUGGAGCCCCUGGUGCUGUUCCCGGCGCCGCCCCUGGUGCUGUUCCUGGUGCUGCCCCUGGGGCCUAUCCUGGCGCCCCUGGGGCUGUUCCUGGUGCUGCCCCUGGUGCUGUUCCUGGCGUCGCCCCUGGCGCUGCCCCUGGUGCUUAUCCUGGCGCUCCUGGUGCAUCUCCUGGUGCUGUACCUGGUGCCGCCCCUGGAGCCGCCCCUGGUGCUGUCCCUGGGGCCUAUCCUGGAGCUCCUGGUGCUGCCCCUGGUGCUGUUCCUGGCGCGGCUCCUGGCGCCUAUCCUGGCGCUCCUGAUGCAGCUCCUGGCGCUGCUCCUGGUGCUGUACCCGGAGCCGCCCCUGGUGCUGUCCCUGGUGCCGCCCCUGGAGCCGCCCCUGGUGCUGUCCCUGGCGCCUAUCCUGGCGCCCCCGGUGCUGUUCCUGGUGCAGCCCCUGGUGCUGCCCCUGGUGCCGCCCCUGGUGCUGUUCCUGGCGCCUAUCCUGGCGCCCCUGGUGCUGCCCCUGGUGCUGUUCCUGGCGCUUAUCCUGGUGCCCCUGGUGCCGUCCCUGGUGCUGCUCCUGGAGCCGUUCCUGGUGCCGCCCCUGGCUCCGUUCCUGGUGCCGCCCCUGGCGCUGUUCCUGGCGCCGCCCCUGGUGCUGUUCCUGGUGCUGUCCCUGGGGCCUAUCCUGGCGUCCCUGGUGCUGUUCCUGGGGCCGCCCCUGGUGCUGUCCCUGGGGCCUAUCCUGGCGCCCCUGGUGCUGUUCCUGGUGCCGCCCCUGGUGCUGCUCCUGGCGUGUAUCCUGGCGCCCCUGGUGCUGUGCCUGGCGCCUAUCCUGGCGCCCCUGGUGCUGUGCCUGGCGCUGCCCCUGGUGCUGUUCCUGGUGCCGCCCCUGGUGCUGUUCCUGGCGCCUAUCCUGGCGCCCCUGGUGCUGUGCCUGGCGCCUAUCCUGGCGCCCCUGGUGCUGUGCCUGGCGCUGCCCCUGGUGCUGUUCCUGGUGCCGCCCCUGGUGCUGCUCCUGGCGCCUAUCCUGGUGGCCCUGGUGCUGUGCCUGGCGGCCCUGGCGCUGUUCCUGGUGCCUACCCUGGCGCCCCUGGUGCUGUCCCUAGUGCCGCCCCUGGCGCCUACCCUGGCGCCCCUGGUGCUGUUCCUGGCGCUGUUCCUGGCGCCUACCCUGGCGCUGUUCCUGGCACCUAUCCUGGUGCCCCUGGUGCUAUUCCUAGUGCCAUCCCUGGUGCUGUUCCUGGCGCCUACCCUGGCGCCCCUGGUGCUGUCCCUGGUGCCGCUCCUGGUGCUGCCCCUGGCGCCUAUCCUGGUGCUCCUAGUGCUAUUCCUGGUGCUGUCCCUGGUGCUGCUCCUGGUGCCUACCCUGGAGCCCCUGGUGCUGUCCCUGGCGCUUUCCCUGGCGCCCCUGGUGCUGUCCCUGGCGCUUUCCCUGGCGCCCCUGGUGCUGCGCCUGGUGCUGCUCCUGGUGCUGUCCCUGGUGCUGCCCCUGGCGCCUACCCUGCUGCUCCUGGUGCCUACCCUGGCGCCCCUGGUGCUGUCCCUGGUGCUGCCCCUGGCGCCUACCCUGCUGCUCCUGGUGCCUACCCUGGCGCCCCUGGUGCUGUCCCUGGCGCUUUCCCUGGCGCCCCUGGUGCAGCGUCUGGUGCUGCUCCUGGUGCUGUCCCUGGUGCUGCCCCUGGCGCCUACCCUGGUGCUCCUGGUGCCUACCCUGGCGCCCCUGGUGCUGUCCCUGGCGCUUUCCCUGGCGCUCCUGGUGCCGUGCCUGGUGCUGCUCCUGGUGCCGUGCCUGGUGCCUUCCCUGGCGCCCCUAGUGCUACACGUGGUGCCACCCGUGGUGCCUUCCCUGGCGCCCCUAGUGCUGCCCGUGCUGCCCGUGGUGCCCCCCGUGGUGCCCGUGGUGCUGUUCCUGGCGCCGCCCCUGGUGCCUACCCUGGCGCCCCUGGUGCUGUUCCUGGUGCCGCCCCUGGUGCCUACCCUGGCGCCCCUGGUGCUGUUCCUGGUGCCGCCCCUGGUGCCUACCCUGGCGCCCCUGGUGCUGUUCCUGGUGCCUACCCUGGUGCCCCUGGUGCUGUUCCUGGUGCUGCCCCUGGUGCCUACCCUGGCGCCCCUGGUGCUGCCCCUGGUGCCGUCCCUGGUGCCUACCCCGGCGCCCCUGGUGCUGUCCCUGGAGCCUACCCCGGCGCCCCUGGUGCUCCUACCCGCGCCCUGGUUGCUGCCCUGGAGCCUACCCGGCGCCCCUGGUGCUGUCCCUGGAGCCUACCCCGGCGCCCCUGGUGCUGCCCCUGGAGCCUACCCCGGCGCCCCUGGUGCUGUCCCUGGAGCCUACCCCGGCGCCCCUGGUGCUGUCCCUGGAGCCUACCCUGGCGCCCCUGGUGCUGUCCCUGGAGCCUACCCUGGCGCCCCUGGUGUUGUCCCUGGAGCCUACCUUGGCAUCCCUGGUGCUGUCCCUGGCACCUAUCCUGGUGCUGCUCCUGGUGCAGUUCGUGGUGCCCCCCGUGGCCCAUUUGGUAUCCGUGGUCCCCCUCGUGGGAUCCUCCCUGGCCCCCGUGGGGCCUACCCUGGAGCCCGUGGUGCUCCCUUUGGGGUCCGUGGUGCCUACCCUGGGGCCCCACAAGCUUAUCCAGGAUAUGGGGCCCCACCGGCUCAUCUGGCAGGUCCAGGAGCCCCAGGUGCAGAUCAGCCAAUCGCUAUUGAUCCAGUUACUGGUCAGCCAAUGUUUGUAGCCCCAGGUACAGGUGGACCUCCUCCUGGGUAUCAGCCAUAUCCUGGAGGCCCAUUCCAGUAUCCAACAGGCCCUAUGCCCCCAUCUAUGUAUCCCGGAGCCCCAGAAACAAGUGCUCCAGCUCCCAGAGGCCCAGCAGCUGCUCCUGGCCAGGACCAAAGAUCCACAUCAUUGCAAACUGGAGAAGUACCCUCAGCCACUGGGCAAAGGGCUUCUACAGUUUCAGCUGCUGAUCAGCCUGCCUUUGUUGCCCCAGGCACCACCCCAAGUAGUGAACAACUUAUGGGUCAAGCUGGCAUUCAGACUGAGUUGCGUCCUGAUGGCCAGCCUGAUUUCAUGCCACCCCAGCCUUCCUAUAGUCCAACCUAUCCUCCCUACAUGACUCCUUCCAUGUCAGGCCAACCUCCAUACCCAUCACCGCAGCCUUCCAUGGUGUCACAAACACCAUGGGAAGCCCCACCGCCUGGGUCCUUCGCCUACCCUGCACCUCCAUAUCGAUUCUCAAGAGAGAAAUCAUUAGAAAGAGAGGGUUUCAGCUUUCCCUUUGCCUUAGAGACCCUGCGUUUGAUGGGGGAGCUUACCAACUACUACAUGAUUCUGAAGGAGCAGAUGGGGGCACUAGAUGAAGAUGCUGGCCAUUCUGAGCUGGAGAAGUUGCAAUUCCUGAUAGGGAAAUUAACUAAAAAGGCCUUCCCAGAUGAAAUGCUAGAACAGCUUCGUGGUCUUAAAACCUUAACCAAAGAAAUUAAAGAGGAGCGGGAAAAAAUGAAAUUAAUGCAACGAAUCCUGGAAGGAGAGGAGGAAGAUGUUGAAGAAGAAAAAGAAAGGCCUGGACACUUGGGUUUACAGCUAAAUAUUCUCAGACUGAAUGUGAAUGACAUAGAGAAAGAGCUGGCCCUUCUGAGGGAACGGCAGGAGCAGGGCAAGGCCCUCAUGGAACAAUCAGUGAAUGAAGCCACGAUUUAUCUACAGGAACAGUUAGAUAAGCUCAGGAUGAUCAUAGAAGGCAUGCUGACUUCGUCAUCCACACUGCUGUCUAUGAGCAUGGUGCCACCUAAACCUCCAGUCCCCUUGGAACCAGGUAAAGUUGACUCACACACCACCUGUCCAGCUUGCAGCCUAGACCUGAGCCAGCAAGUCAGCAGGCUAGUACAGCGUUAUGAACAACUCCAGGAUAUGGUCAACAACCUGAUGAUGACUCGACCCUCUAGAAAAUAUCAUCUCCAAAACCAAGAUGAAGAGCUGCUGGGUCAUAUCCAGGCCACAAUACUUCAGGUGCAAGGUGACUGUGAAAAACUUAACGUCACCACAGGCAAUCUCAUUGAGGAUCACAGGCAAAAGCAGAAGGACAUUGAUGUGCUGUAUCAAUCCCUAGAAAAGCUAAAGAAGGAGAAAGCUAACAGAGAACAUCUGGAUUUGGAGAUUGACGUGAAAGCAGAUAAGACUGCCCUUGCUGCCAAAGUGAGUCGGAUUCAGUUUGAUGCCACCACAGAGCAGCUGAACCAAAUGAUGCAAGAUCUGCUGAAAAAGAUGACUGGGCAAGAGAAGGACUGGAAGAAAGUACUGGACAAGCUCCUGGUAGAAAUGGACACCAAGCUGGAUCGCCUAGAGUUAGACCCAGUGAAGAAGUUGCUAGAGGAUAGGUGGAAGUCCUUACGCAAGCAGCUGAAGGAGCAGUCCCCACUCUAUCAGUCUGACGAAGCUGCUGCCAUGCGCAGGCAGCUUUUGGCCCAUUUCCAUUGCCUUUCAUGUGACCGCCCCUUGGAAACAGCUGUACCUGGACCAAUCAUCCCCUCAGUGCCUAGUGGCCCAGGACUGCCAGCACAUCGUUCUAACCGUCCCUAUACCAUCUAUGAACUGGAGCAAGUUCGGCAGCAAAGCCGCAACAUGAGGUUGGGCCCUGCCUUCCAACGCAUGGAACUAGGACAGCUGGAACGAAGUGUAGGCCGCCUGCAUUCCAUGCACUCCAAGAUGCUGAUGGAUAUAGAGAAGGUACAGAUUCAUUUUGGAGGCUCCGUCAAAGCCAGCAGCCAGAUGAUCAGGGAGCUGAUCCAGGCCCAGUGCCUCAGUUCCUCCUACUACAAACGGAUUCAAGAUAUGCCAGAUUACUCCUACAUGUCAGUGCCACGACGUUGUGGUGGCAGCCAUACACUUACCUUCCCCUAUCGCCGCUAUGCCCGCCUACAGCACCUGGCUCAGUGUGUCUAUCCUACAGAAGAUGGACAGGCCUUAAAGCAUGAAGUGGACAUCUUGGGCCUAGAUGGACAUAUCUACAAGGGAAGGUUGGAGACAAGGCUUCCUGGAAUCCCAAAUAAGGAAAGUCCUUUGAAGAACAAACCAAAGAAUCUCUGUCCUGUUGGGCAAAAUAGGCAAUCCCCUUCAAGACCACAGAGUGCUCAGAUGUUGGUGGCUUCUAUGUCAGCCCAGCAAACAAAGGGCAGACCUGUGUCCUCUCAGGGGCGCCUCACACAACUUAAUGGCACACACCCACCAAGCCCCAACUCCGUUAACCCCAAUAACCUACCCUAACACAUCAGAGGAUGCUUAUCGAGAUGUACAUGGAUCUCCUCUACUCUGCCCUGGAUAAAGACCAAGCAGGAAUACCCUGAGGCCUCAGAAAAAACAUAACUUCACGCAUAGUACUUGCCAAUAAAUGUUUGCAAAGAA